CACUCAAACACACACCCUCCACCCCCAUCGCUGCAGUGUCUCAACUGCUUUGGAGCAAGCAAGAGAGGAUACAGAACACAGAGGAAGAGGGCCGCUGAAAGACACACACAAACAGAGAGAGUAAGAGGUGUACUUUGUGUGUGCAGUGAAUAUAAGGACGACAUAAAGAUGAAGAAGGGGCACUGAAGGUGGAUUGCACUGAGCUUUUUCUCUCCCUGCAAGUACUUGUCUGCAGUAUCCUUUUGUAAACGGAUGCUGGCUUGAGAUCACGGCCUCCUGUCCUCGGAGAGAAAUCUAACAAGGCAAGAAGAAGAUCAAACUAAACAGACUAAAUAUCAAGCAGAGGUGCAUGGUUGCAACACAGCACAAGAGCCAUGUGGGAGGAGAGUGAUUGGGAUUUCAUAUUUGCAAGCAGCAAGUCCAAGUCCUUUCUCUACUAACAUACAGUAACCUUUCGCCAGGCCGUCACCAGUGCUUUUCCUCAGGGGGAGCCCCUGCUAUGUACCCCAGCUCUGUUGGCUUCAGCAGGCAGUCUAACCUCAGUGCCAGGCACUGUGUGGGCAUCCCACAAGUCUGGGUUCUGCCUACACAGAACUCACAGACUGCCACUGGAGAAAAAGUAUGAAAUACUCCUGGGUCACUCCUCUUUGUGGUGGCUUUGCUGUCUCGUGUUAAAACUGAUCCGUAGAAAAUAUUUGCCUACAUCCAUCCCUGAAUCCUUGCACUCUACAGAUAUACUCUCUAGCUCCUCCGCCACCUCCUUUUGAUCCACCUCUUCAUCAUAAUUUGUUUUCCCAUCCAGCAGCAGCACGAGUUCCUUUGUGCUAACGACGUGGUGGAGGACCAUGGGAUGCCGUCAGAGCUCGGAGGAGAAGGAAGCGGCUCGGCGCUCGAGGCGGAUCGACCGCCACCUGCGUUCAGAGAGUCAGCGGCAACGGCGUGAGAUCAAGCUUCUCCUGCUGGGCACCAGCAACUCUGGCAAGAGCACCAUUGUUAAGCAGAUGAAAAUCAUUCACAGUGGUGGCUUCAACCUGGAAGCCUGCAAGGAGUACAAGCCUCUCAUCCUAUACAAUGCCAUCGACUCUCUCACACGCAUCAUCCGGGCCCUCACAACCCUUAAGAUUGACUUUCACAAUCCUGACCGCGCCUAUGACGCUGUUCAGCUGUUUGCCCUGACAGGGCCGGCUGAAAGCAAAGGGGAGAUCACUCCAGAGCUGCUGGGAGUGAUGAAACGUCUGUGGGGAGACGCAGGGGUCCAGGAGUGCUUUCAUCGCUCCAAUGAAUACCACUUAGAGGACAACACUGCCUACUACCUAAAUGACCUGGACCGCAUCUCUGCACCUGAGUACAUCCCCACUGUAGAGGACAUCUUACGCUCCCGUGAUAUGACAACAGGCAUCGUGGAGAACAAGUUCACCUUCAAGGAGCUCACCUUUAAGAUGGUAGAUGUGGGUGGACAGCGAUCAGAGAGAAAGAAGUGGAUUCACUGUUUUGAGGGCGUGACUGCAAUCAUAUUCUGUGUUGAGCUGAGUGGCUAUGACCUAAAGCUCUAUGAGGACAACCAGACGAGCCGCAUGGCAGAGAGCUUGCGUCUGUUUGACUCUAUCUGCAACAACAACUGGUUCACCAAUACAUCGCUCAUCCUCUUCCUCAACAAGAAGGACUUGCUGGCUGAGAAGAUAAAACGCAUUCCCUUGACAGUGUGUUUCCCAGACUACAAAGGCCAGAACACCUAUGAGGAGGCAGCCGUCUAUGUCCAGCGGCAGUUCGAGGACCUCAACCGCAACAAGGAGACCAAGGAGAUCUAUUCGCACUUCACCUGUGCUACCGACACCAGCAACAUCCAGUUUGUGUUCGAUGCUGUCACGGACGUGAUCAUCCAGAACAAUCUGAAGUAUAUUGGGCUAUGCUAGGACCUGACACUGGGUGGGAGGUGCGUUCAGGUGGAUUUUGGCAGCGGGUGAAAUGCGGGCAGCUCAAAGGCAUUUGGCCCCUACCAGCGGGCACCAUGUUAGUCUGUCUGCUUUCAACGAGGUGCAGCAGAGAACUGAAGACAAAAAUCUGUAUUAAGAAGGUCAGGUUGGAUUAUACUGUAGAUUCAAAAGAGCUGCCGGGUUGUGGUUGAGAUGGGAAUUUUUACCCUAUGUGUUUGCACUGAAUUUAAGUAUGCAGAGACCCCACACAUAAACACACACAUGCACACAUACAUCUUUAUGGUUUGUUCCCACACAAGGUAUUUGGGUCAACUCUCAUUUGACAGAGCGACACUGGAUAUCCCAAGAUGACUUCCCUUGUGAAAUCUGAGAUUGAGAUCCAGGUGUGUACUGGCAGUUUUGUUCCCCUGUCUAUUAUUUGCCUGAGUCAAUUAAUGCUGCUUUACGAUAAAUAAUCUUGACAAAUCAAUGCUGUUUUGUGGUGGGGGAAGCUUCACCCAUGUAGUAGGAAACAGAGUGCACCCGAUGAGGUGUAAAGCGAGUCUCUGUUUCUGAGGGGGAACAAAGUCAGAUGUGAUGUCACAGAGUUGCUGCUGAAAAAAGCAAACUGUCACAACCUAAAAAAAAUGGGCGAAACUUAUUUUCAGCACACAGCAGUGCCUUGCAAAAGUUUGGCUGCCUCUUGAACUUUUUUUUCACAUUACAACAACAAACUUCAAUGUAUGUCAUUGGGUUUUUAUGUGAUAGAUCAGCACAAAGUAGCACAUAAUUGAAAAGUGAAAGAAAAAUGAUACAUGGUUUUCAAACGCAUUAUAAAUAAGAGUAUAGUGCCUUUGUUUUCAGCCCCUUUUCCCUAAAUAAAAUCAAGUAUAACUAAAACCCUUCCGGAGUCACUCAAGUAGUGAAAAGAAUAGGGUUGUAUAAUUAAAUACCACUAAAAGACAUAUGUCUAGCAUAGGAGCCAGAGGUUUGUUAUACUACUGAUCAGUUUGGCUAAUAACUAUCUGACCACCAUUCCAGAUGGCCAGUGGGUCCUUAAAUAUUAAACAUUUUAUAUGAAAUAUAAUGGUAUGUACACCCACCGAACACUGACUUAUACAUCCUUGAUCCUAUAAUAUGUGCGCUUUUCAGAACAGGACUGCAAUAAAAGCAACACAUACUUUGAGGAUAUCACAUGAUUUCAUGUUCCACUAAAACCCAGUAAUUUCUUAAUUUUUAGACCCAGCAUGCAAAAACAGCACCAAUAAGACCAAUAACCUUAAUAGAAUGGUCAGGGAUAAAGCUGUGGGGACGUUUAUCCCAAGCUUUCUAACAUCUUAUGGGGUUCAGUCUAUCUUCAAAGACAAAUAGUAUAGUACAACUGCAAACCUGUCAAGACACUUGGUGUCACAUGGUGGUCACAACAUAAUGCUAUUUAGAGUUGAUGGAGAAAAUGAAUAGAAUUGACUACAGACCAAUACUGACCGAACACCUGUUAUUAAUUUAGACUCUGGAUGUGAAAAGCUGGUGGUGGCUAAAGAUUCAAAAUACUUGUGGCUGAAAUUUGUUCUUGGGGGGUUGCGCACUAUAGCGGUAGAGUGGGUGCCCCAUAUACAGACGCUAUGGUCCUCGAUGCAGCCAUCCUGGAUUCUAAUCCCGAACACUGAGAACUUUGCUGCAUGUCUUCUCUCUGCCCAUUUCCUGUUUGGUAACUGUCAAUAAAGGCCAUGAGUACCACAUAAUCUCAAAAGAAAAAAAAAAGAAAUUAGUUCUAAAAGUAAUGGCCCAGGAGGCUUUAAUGACUUUUGAAGGCAAUUAGUUGUGCCUCAGUUUAAUUAGUGGUGUCUGAGUAAAGGGGUUAAAUAUAAAUUCACAAAACACCUUUCAUAUUUUUGUUUGUAAAAUUUUUUGAGAACCACCAAAAUGUUACUUUGAAAUCAUACACUACAUUGUAUUGGUCUAUCAAAUAAAAUCCCAAUAUACAUAUGAUUGCGGCCAUUAAUAAAAAAAAAAGUGAAAUUCAGGAGGUAAAAACACAUUUGCAAGACACUGUAUUUCUGGUCUUUUCUCCGGUUGAACUUCUAAUGUUGUUAUUUUUUUCUCCCUCAUCUUUUAUUUAAUCUUUUUGUGCUUUCAAAAGAAAAAAAAGUCACAUAAACCUGCUCUUUAAAGCAGACCACUGACUUAAAAUACCAGACGUAUGUUACACUCAGAUAAGUAAAAAAAAGUAUUUAUAACCAUUCCAAAAGUCCAACAAGAGACAAAAAAAUUGUGCCAAGAUCAGUUUGUAAAUAAAACCAGAUCCCAUACAUUUCUUUUCUGUUUUGUUUUUAUGGAAAAUAAAUUAAAACAUGCAUGAUUUUGUUACUUUGGGAUACUAAUAUAUAUUUUCUUUGGGAUUAUGUUUUUUUUUUUCCUUCGGGUUUAAAUAAUAUGUUCCCAAAAACUAUAUAUAAAGUCAAACACUGUGUACGAUUGUACAGUUCUCAGAGAGAAAUCUAUUGUAAUAGAGAUUUAUGAAUAUAAAAACGCUGAGAAAAUGUUUUGAUGUUGACGAAGAUUACAGUGAUGUAAUGACGACAAAACACUCUUUUAAGGUCAUUGUUUGAGGACAAAGUGGAUCAAAGAAGAAGAAUCUAAAACAUCAUAAAACAUAUCUUGAAAGUUCAAUCUUCCUUACAUGAUCUAAGUGCAAAUUGUCAGUCGCUAUGAUGUAAAUAUACUGUAAGGUACACUCUUUGUUCUAACAAAUGAAAAUAAAGGAUGGGUUGGGAUACUGUCUGUGACAUAAAGAGAUAGCAAGAGACAGACGAGGAAGAUCCCUCGCAUCUCUUCCCUCUAUCUUUUCGGCUCAGAGAACAACUCGGCCAAGGGCUUCGAGCUUGGCUUUACAGGAUGUCCACUUCAACAAAAAUAUGAAAAAAACAAAAAAAUGAGAUAUGAAAUUUAAAAGGACGAUAACUAUGAAUAAAACAACUUAUGCAAAUUUU